AUGUUUGAAUAUUUAUUAACUUUUUUACUAUUACUAAUUUCCGUUCUUUUAAUAAUUGCAGUUGUAAUAAUCAGACUUCGUAAAAAACUAUUCCGACUAACACAAUUACCUCUUCUUGCAUUCAAAAAUGUAAUAAUUAUUCCGGAUAUUAAUGAUUUAAUCAAUAUGGCUAGGAUUUCGACUAACUUCCGUUGCAAAUUGAAAAAAGUGAAUCGAAAUAUCUUCAACCUAAUUAUUGAAUGCCACGCAGAUUUUACUGACAGAAAACUUGUUCCCUUUUAUCAAAGAAUAAUUAUAAUGGAAACAGAGAGAGAUAUGCAAUUUAUAUAUCAAUUUAUGAUGAAUAAGGCACGAGUACAAGGAGUCGACUGGGCAACACACUAUGAUGUUAAUCAUUGGAUUAACUAUUUUUGGCGACUUAUUAAAUGGAUUACCACAUUCGGAAUGGAAUUCAAAACGCCGAGCAAGGAUCUACUGUGAUGACCUGGAAGUCGUGGAUUGUUCAAAAGGACGAGAUAUCGAGAGAAGUGAUGGUCUACUUGCAACUAUUUUAGUAACUUCUAUGAAUAUCUCCGGUCAAGGCAUGUACUUUCUUAUAUGGCAUGAUAGAUUCCCGACGGAUCCCCGAAUACUGUAUCACUUCUCUGAUUUUGAUUCGAUUUCUAUUACAGACGAAUAA